GAAAAAAACCCUAUAAUUCUUCUAUUUUUUUACAGGAAGAAAGAAAGUCUGAUCUCACACGAAAGACAGGAGCAAUGGCAGAACAAACAGAAACGGUGUCGUCAAGCGAGAAUCAAUCUUCUAACCCACAAAAUUCUCCAGAAGAGAAGCUCGAGCAACCAUCGGUGCCACCGGCAUUCUCUGGUUUUCCAGCUUAUGCGGAUGGUGGUUUUCAGAUGUAUCCUAUCAUGUAUCCUGCACCAGUUCCAGGGUUAAAUCCUAUGCAAAAUCAAGAACAAGCGAAUCAUGGGCCGGGAAUUUAUGCUGUAGCUGUUCCACAAUUUAUGGGACCAAUUGCUGGACUUCCUUCAAAAACACUAAUUCCUCUCACGCUCAAUAUACCUACUAGGCCAAGUCAUGAGGCUGGGGCAACUGGUGAUCAAGCACAAGGUGGACAACAACAACAACCACAGCAGCAGCAGCAGCAACAUCCUGCUCACCCAAGACAAAUUGUUGUUAGGAGAUUUCAAGUUGCAUUUCAGUUGGAUUUGUUUCUCAUACUUAAGCUGGUAGCCGUAAUCUUUUUGUUCAACCAAGAUGGGUCAAGACAAAGGCUGCUUGUCCUUGUGUUUUUUGCUUCACUUGUCUACUUGUACCAAACUGGAGCUCUGACACCAUUAGUACGUUGGCUCUCACAAAGCAUGCAAAGGGCAGCUGUGCCUCCCCGUCCACCUAGGCCUGCUGCCAGGGUGGAAAAUGCUGGUGCUCCAAGGCAGAAUGAAUAUAUUGCUUUGGCAGAGGGACAAGCUGGGGUCGAGAAUGAGAACAGGCCUACAGAGGAUGGUAACCAGGCAGCUGAGAAUGAGAAUGUUGCUGAACCUGGUGGAGACAAUGGUGGCCACCGCUGGUGGGGAAUUGUGAAGGAGAUUCAAAUGAUUGUCUUCGGCUUUAUUACCUCUCUUCUCCCAGGCUUUCAUAACAUAGAUUAGAGCAUACUUUAGCAGGCAACAAAACCAGCUUAGAAGCCGGAAAAAAAUGUUUCUAUCGUUUUCUCCCGUUCUUCCCCUUUUGAAAUAAUUAGAAGAGUUCUGCCCCCUUUUCUAUUUACUGAUAACUUUGAUACAUUUUGUAUGUAUUUGUGCAAUUAUGUCUCCCCUAGAAUAGUUUCUAUUAUGAUCGUGGAUUUAGGGUUUCACAUGUACUAAAUUUACGUGUACUGAUAACUUUGAUACAUCUUGUAAAUUCUUGCAACGCCAUGUACUAAAUUUGAUUCUUGGUUUGUGACAGAAGAAUCAGAAUUUUCAGGCUGCUGUUGCUUGUUGCUUUCUGAAUCUUUUAUGAAAUAUGAAUGUCAUUUUUCUAACAAA